UCUCUCUCUCUCUCUCACUUCUUUGCUUGCUGCCCUUUCCCCUCUUUCCCCCAAUUCCACUUUCGCCCUCCCAACUCCCACGAAAUUACCAACCCGCCCAGAUCGCAUUCGCAGGGCUCUCCGCCGCCGAAACUCCCGCCAUGAACGCCACCACGACGUCGUUCCGCUCCAUUCUCGAGAAGCCCCUCAACCAGCUCACAGAGGACGACAUUUCUCAGCUCACUCGCGAAGACUGCCGCAAAUACCUCAAAGAAAAAGGAAUGCGGAGGCCUUCGUGGAACAAAUCGCAGGCGAUCCAGCAAGUUAUUUCCCUCAAGGCUCUGCUGGAGCCCAACGACGAUUCCGGCGCCGGAGCGCUCAGACGGAUUGUCGUUUCGCCUCAUACCACCACCCCGCGCGCGGCUUCGAAUUCAGCCGGUUCGGCCAAGGAAGCGAGUGCCGAUGUCCAGGUUUCCGUGUCAGCUGACGAACCGGUGCCGUAUCAGAAACCGGUUCAGGAGGACCGGCCAGCCGAUGCCGAUACUAAGGCCAUCAGUCCAAGAAAUCAGUGUACAACUGAUGCAUCAGUUAGGCAAAUGACAAUUUUCUACUGCGGCAAGGUGAAUGUAUAUGAUGGAGUGCCACCUGAUAAGGCACGGGCAAUCAUGCACCUUGCGGCAAGGCCCAACCAUUUGCCUCUGGACAAUCAAUUUGGUGGUACUGCAGCACUAAGAUCCUUACGAUGCCAAUUUCAGACUGCCGGAGACAAAGAUGGCUUUCUCCCUCCGAGUGCCACAUUCUCUCAGCCCAUGCAAACAGAGAAGAUCGGUGAAUAUACUCAGCAGUACUGGGAGAAAGGGAACAGCACUCGAGAUCCUGAUGCAGAGGGCCAGGCAAGCAGAAAAGUCUCGUUGGAGAGAUAUCGUGAAAAGCGAAAAGACAGGGGAAGAUUAAAGACUAAGAAAAAUAUUGGAUCGAGUUCGAGCUUGGAGGUCUUUUUGAAUCAUCAACUUAGGACACAUACCUCAAAUGGUAAUUCAAGUCAGAGUGGCACAAGCUCUCCACCCCAGCCUGGGCUGCUGCAAACAGCUGACAAUCAGCCAAAGAGUCUGUGCCUUCCCGUUGACCUAAAUGACAAGGAUAUCCUGGAACGCCGAACUUGACACUUUCUAGGUCAUUCAGAGUUGGGAGUUGAUUGAAGAAUCCCUCAGCUAUAAAUUAGAACCAUGACAAACCUGAUAGGAAGGGAAAGAAGAAACUAAUUUUAACUGCCUCCUAGAGACCUGCCUUUUGGUAUGAUUUGGGCUGCUCCGAGGACCAUGAAGUUUUUUCACUGGCUUUUGCCUAUCAGGAGGAGAAUUCUCUUUUUGGACUGGUAUGGCUUUGAUCAGUUUUGUAAGUUUUAGGGUCGAGAUGCAGAGCUGUAAACAGCCAUUUUCCUUUUAACUCCUUAUGUAAGUAAUUAUUGUAUGCGGUACCAUUCUCUGUCAAGAGAGCUUAUUGUACAAGUUGAAGGAAAUCAUCUCCUUUAACGUUUUGUAGCUAUGGAGAACAGUUCUAUGUAAUUUAUGGUCUCCUUUGUUUAUAAUUUUCCAAAUGAAAGUUGGCAAAAAUGUGUUGCAACUUGCAGAGAACUCGCGGCUCGGUUGAUGAAUCGGAA